AUGGCAGCCGCACCGGCAGAGCAACGAGAGCUGCAGCUAGUGCAGAGCGUGGAAUUCAAGAUCCUGGGCGUUGCGAACAAAGAGGAGAAGCUCCAGCAACUGCUGCAGCGCUAUCUGGCCCCUCUGGCCCUCAAAGCGGCCAGUGAACAUGAGAUCGUGCUCCCAGUCAAGGUGCUUCUGGAGCAGUACAAGGCGACUGACUCGGCGGUCCUCAAACAGUUCGACAUCUCCUUCAUCCAGCACAGCUUGGAGCGCAUCGAUGAGCAUGACAGGAGGGAGCUUGUACCCAUUGCUCUCCGUGGAAGCUCUGCUGACAAAGGCCGGCCAAGAGCCGGACCCUUCUUUCGCAUCAUCUUGCGACUCCUUCUUGAUGCCCGCAUACCGCCCCGCGGGAGCCAAGACGACGAAAAGUUCCGCGACUCCAUUGGACUUUCAGAAGGUGCUGACGCCGAGUAUACCGCAGAAAUGAUCAACCUUUUUUUCAGGUUGAGAAUUCCCGUUGGUAUCCAGACUUGGUACGAAGCAAACUUCACCAUGGACAAAGCCAGCGUCGACCUCUUCCGUGUAGAGGACGUCAAGGCACACAAAAUCUACCAGCGAUUUCUGGAAUUAAAGGCGAAGCUUGUGAGCUUCCUCGCCAGUGGCGCUUUCACAGACAUGGAGAAACUCGUCCCUGCCAUCUAUGCUGCAUCGAGUUUCGACAGCCGCGUGGCGUCAGCGGCCGAGGAGGUUAUCAAGAGAACUUCCGUCUCGAUGGAAGAUCCGACUCUUGUUUCAAACCUUUUCCGAGCACAUGCUACACUUCCGGUCCCUUAUCGAAUCCGCAUACUCGGCAUUCUUUCAAAAUCGAUACAUUCAAUAUCAAUGGCCAAAGACAUCAUGGACGUUGUUACGCUAGACCUACCGUCAUCAACAUCCCCUGAAGGACAGGACCUGGCACUUGCACCGGCGAGUGCCCUCGAACGGAACAAGCUACACAAGGCCCUUUUCCAGUACCUUUCCUGGGUGGCCAGGAUGGGGUCGUCUCUUGAGGGGUUUACAGUUGGGCCCAAACUCAUCGAACGAUUAGUCGGAUUCAUUGAAUACCAAGGGUGGCCAUCCCCAGAGUCCAAAAAUGAAGACGAAAUAGCUUUGCGUUCAAAGGCUUACGAGACAAUUGGUCUCCUCGCUCAGUCCGACAAAAACUUACCGGCCAAGGACCGUCUUUCACUUGGCAUUUGGCUGUUGCAGUCUCUCUCACAGGACCGAAGUGACGAAUCGGUCGUGAGUAUCGACGGAGCGCUAUCCAGCGUGUCAGCCAAUAUGCCCCUAGUGGAAGGAGAGGAUUCUGUAAGCCUCAGGAACAUGUUGAUUUCUUCAAUGGCGCCGUCCAACGAUGGACCACCAGUGCGUAGCACUCGACAUGCCGCUGUCAAGCUCUGCAAUCAAUGCCUGAAAUUCUCAGACGUUAUUGCUCGAUGGAUCGAUAUCCUGGCUAUAGGUAGCGGCCAGAACGAAAGGAGCGAUGUGAUUGAACAGGGUCAAAAAGGUCUGGAUCCGUGGACCUACUAUUCCGAGGGCGAGGCCACACGCUCUUUUCCUGACUGGCGGGACAUGACCGUCAUGUUCUUUGGUUCAGAAAUUACAGUAGACAAGGACCCCUUUCCCAAGUCGGUAGACGAUAUCCCUGAACCGUUGGCUAGCCCUGAAAUUGUGUUUAGGAACUUUGGGAAUUUGAACCGAGGGGCCUUUCCUAUUGCCCUGCGGUAUGUCAAACUAAUCAUGUUCCUCUCCGCGCUGGAGAGCUUCAAGCUGGAGUCCAAUUGGAUGGAUAGACUUGAGACGCAGGUGAGAACCGACAUAGGAACCAGGACAAGAAUUCGACAGUACCUUCGAUCCGUCGACAGUCGAUACUGGAUAUUCUUCCUAGAGGCUUGUUUGAUCGGCGCAACAAGUGAGAGUCCAAACGUGUCAGAAGAAUCCAUUCGAAGCUUUGUCGAUGUCGCCUCGCUCAGCCCAAGAGACCCUCUUGGGCAUCUGGCCCUAGCUGGGAGCGGCCUCGACAAACUCAUCGAAUCAAACAACAAGGAAAUUCGGACUCUGAGCUCCAAAGCUUUUGGAAUCGUGGCCUCGCAUCCCAGCCUCUCAGAGGAAGCGAUCAGGCAGUGGAGGGACUCAGUAACCCCUAGCUUCGUCGACGGCGAGAAAUGCAUCGGCCCCCAAUUGAACGCACUCCAAGGCAACCUGCUCGCACUUGGCCACCAAUGCUCGCGAUCUGUUUUUUACGGGCAUGCAGUUCCUGAGGGCUUCGAAUUCCCGCUGCGCUUCCUCGUCGGCGACUCCGUACCUCCAUCUUUACGAGAGACGGCUUUUGAUACGUUUGCACAGCUAUGGUCCGCCGGCCUUGCAAUCCCACCGCCGGAGGGGGAGAACUCCAUCGGAAAGGUUGUGGAUGUGCUCACGGCUCAUGCAAAGAAGGAGAACGAGAGGGCGAUAUUCGCUCUUGGUCGGCUUGCUGUCGGACUGGGCUCUCAACAACAAGAGGGGGGUCAGCAAGAUGCUGCGGAGCAACCCGGCAUGUUGACUGGCGGAGCUCUGGGCCGAAUUUUGAAGGAGCUUUUUGGCCUCCACGAGAUUAAGAGGACCGAAGUUCAGUUCACGGUCGGUGAUGCCAUCAGCGCUGCCGUCGCACGAUGGGACUCGGACUUUGUCAAGCUGACAUUGGAUGUCGAACCUUGCAAUGAGACGAGCCUUGGCGGAGUGCGCAAGGAACUGAUCACGGCCACUCUGGACAAGCUGUUCUUGGACUGCAAGGGGACAAAGCCGUCCCUUCUGAAGGCCUCGGGUAUCUGGCUAUUCUGCAUCAUCCAAUACAGCUCUGAUCUCCCAGAAAUCCAGUCACGUCUGCGUGAGGCACAAGCGGCUUUCAUGAGGCUCCUCAGCGCGAGGGACGAACUGGUACAGGAGACUGCUUCCCGUGGUCUCUCGCUUGUGUACGAGCGUGGUGACGAAGACCUGAAGAGCACGCUGGUCAAGGAUCUAGUGGGUGCCUUCACCGGCACCGGGACGCAGCUCAAGGUUGAGCAAGACACGGAACUCUUUGAGCCCGGGGCCCUACCCACAGGGGAAGGAAGUUCAGUCACCUCGUACAAAGACAUUGUCGAUCUGGCCAACGAGGUGGGCGACCAGCGGUUGGUGUACAAGUUCAUGUCUCUGGCGUCGAAUGCGGCAACAUGGUCUACCCGCUCGGCCUUUGGCCGCUUUGGACUCUCCACCAUCCUGUCCGAUUCCGAGGUGGACCCCAAGCUAUAUCCCAAAUUGUUCAGGUACCGAUUCGACCCGAACCCCAAUGUGCAACGAUCCAUGGACGAUAUCUGGAAGGCCCUCGUCAAGGACCCGGGCACCGUUCUGGAUGAGAACUUUGAUGACAUCCUCGAAGAUCUAAUGGGCAGUAUACUGGGCCGAGAAUGGAGGAUGCGAGAGGCAAGCUGUGCCGCCAUAUCUGACCUCCUUCAGAGUCGCCCCUUUGUCAAGUACGAGAAGCGAUACCGGGAUAUCUGGAACGCGGCGCUCAAGGUCUUGGACGAUGUCAAGGGUAGUGUCCGGGAAGCGGCACUACGGCUUUGCAUGGCACUCUCAAACAACCUCGUCCGCCAGUUGGAGGAGGGUAAUGACAGCUCAGCCGCCAAAGCGAUGAUGAAGGAGGCCCUGCCCUUUCUUCUCUCCGACAGGGGCGUGGAGAGCUCGGUCAAGGAUGUACAGGUCUUUGCGACCAUCACGGUGAUGAAUAUUGCCAAGAAGGGCGGGAAUGCUCUGAGGUCGUUCAUUCCAGACAUGGUACCUCAGCUUCUAGGGUUGCUGAGUACGAUCGAACCAGAGCAGAUCAAUUACCAUUAUCAGAGGGCCGGCGACGAUAGCCGUGAUCAGAUCGACAAGCUUCGAUCCCAGAUGGUGAACAGGUCACCCAUAUCGGAGGCGUUGGAGAAUUGUCUGCGAUUCAUCAACGAGGACGUCAUGGUCAAGCUGGUGCCUAAACUUGAGGCGACUAUCAAAGCCGCCAUUGGCAUGCCGACCAAGAUAGGAUGUAGCCGCGUCAUCACGAUCCUUUUUACCCGCCAUACCACCGACAUCAAACCUUUCUCUGGAAGGUUCCUCAGGAUCAUGGAGAAGCACGCCAUGGAGAAGAAUGACGAAGUGAGUCAGGCUUAUGCCCGCGCAGCUGCUUAUAUCAUAAGGGUGGCUCCAGACGCGGAGAAGUUGGGUUUCUGCCAACGGCUGGUGAAGAUGUACCUGGCGUCAGAGGAGGAGUCCCGACGACAGAAGAUUGCCGACGUUGUGGUGUCAUUGGCCAAGAUAUCGGCCGACCAUUUCACCGCAAACGAGACGGAGCUCCUGCCCUUUGCUUACCUUGGCAUGCACGACACGGACGAGUACACUGAAAAGGUCUUCAAGGAGGUGUGGGACCAGCACGCGGGAAGUAGCCGGACUGUCGUUCGCUACGUGCAGGAGAUUGUCUCGCUGGUGGAGCAGUGCCUGGAGACGACGCAAUGGGCUCUGCGACACACCGCAGCCUUUACAGUCGGCGCAAUGGUGUCCGAUGUGGCCAGCGCCAGUGAGGCGACGGGAGAGAUUGCCGAGGCUAACCUGCGGAGCAUGUGGCCAAUAUUCGACAAGGUCUUGGCUCUCAAGACGUUUCCAGGCAAGGAGAAGCUCCUCGUGUCGUAUCCGCUCUUGGUGGAGAAGGGCGGCGCCCUCUGGCGGAACGACGCGCAGGUCGCGGCCCAGAUGAGGAAGAUUGCCAUCCGGGAGGCAAAGAGGAACAAUGCCGAGUAUCGCGUCCACGCUUUCAAGUGCCUCUGGCAGUUCGCCAAGGCACGGGAUGAUCUGGACAUGCUGGAGGAGAUCGCCGAGAUUGUCACACCUCACCUUGAGAAACUCCGGGAUGAAGAUGCUAUGGAGGUCGACACUAAGGAGGAACUCGUCUCGGCGACGGCCAAGAAUGCGCUGGAGGCGAUCGCCCGCGGCUACAACCGGCCCAGGAUGGAGAGCAGCCCGAAACCAGUCCUCGAGAGCAUCAUCAAGCUGCUCAAGCCCUACCUGGGAAGCACCAAGUUUGGUGCCAUCAAGCGGGAUGUCUGGUACGAUUCCGUCUGUGAGAUGCUGAAGCCCUUUGCCAGCAAGCCCAGCCAACAAGGUCUGGACGCACCGAUCACGACGGACAGGGACAGCGACGGACUGUCACUGGCGUAUCUCCGCAGCUUGGACGUGGAGCAGGCAGAGGCGGGGGUCGAGUCGCAGAGAAUUCGACGCUCCGAGGCCCUAUCGGCGGUGGUAAAGGCUAGGAUGGCAGGAGUGUUUGGGGUCGACGGCCCGAGCUUGCAGGAGUUUGCAGAGGAGGCCCAGACGGCCCUGGAGCGAGAGCGGGCGCUGAAGCCGCAACAGGCGAUGAGGACGGCUAUGAAGGACUUGCGGGAGGCGAUAUCCAGGGAGGACAAGGAUGCCAUGGCUCCUUGA